AUGCCUGAGCAAGAUUCUAAUGCCGCAGCUCUAGAAGAGCGCCUGAAGUCUGCUCUUUGGCUUGCAAUUGGUAGAAUUGUCGAUGAUGAAACUAUCAAGCUUGGUGUUGAUGCUACUCCGCAGUUUAUAGGAGCUCUCACAGAGAUGGUUUGGGUGCAAAUAGAGACCGUGGGACAAGACCUAGAAGCGUUCGCCAAACAUGCGGGACGGUCGACCAUUAAUAUAUCCGACGCGAUGCUUCUGGCAAGGCGAAAUGAGGGCUUGGAAUCCAUACUCCGGGCAUACGUGGAUCAAGAACAAGCCAAGGAACAACAAAAAAACCGCGAGAGAUGA